CCUCCCCUUCAGUUUUGCACAGGUGUUCUAGCUCCUCCCCUUCAGUCUUGCACAGGUGUACCCGCUCCUCCCCUUCAGUCUUGCACAGGUGUACCGGCUCCUCCCCUUCAGUCUUGCACAGGUGUACCGGCUCCUCCCCUUCAGUCUUGCACAGAUGUGCCGGCUCCUCCCCUUCAGUCUUGCACAGAUGUACCGGCUCCUCUCCUUCAGUCUUGCACAGAUGUACCGGCUCCUCCCCUUCAGUCUUGCACAGGUGUACCGGCUCCUCCCCUUCAGUUUUGCACAGGUGUACCGGCUCCUCCCCUUCAGUCUUGCACAGGUGUACCGGCUCCUCCCCUUCAGUCGUGCACAGGUGUAAAGGCUCCUCCCCUUCAGUCUUGCACAGGUGUACCAGCUCCUCCCCUUCAGUCUUGCACAGGUGUACCAGCUCCUCCCCUUCAGUCUUGCACAGGUGUACCGGCUCCUCCCCUUCAGUCUUGCACAAGUGUACCAGCUCCUCCCCUUCAGUCUUCCACAAGUGUACUG